AUGGCACACAGCACCAUCGGAGCCGAGAGUAAUACUUUGACCCAGGUUCCGGAUACUGGCGAUUUAGAUCGGAUCUGGGAGUGGAACAAAACUGUUCCAGCUGCCAUCAACAGUCCAGUCCAAGAUCUCAUUCACGAACAAGUGGAAGCCCACCCUGACGCCCCAGCUGUGUGCUCCUGGGACGGUAGUCUAAGCUAUGCAGAGCUUGAUGACCUGUCCUCACGUUUGGCGAAUGAGCUUCAGAGUCGAGGAGUAGGGCCCGAGGUCAUCGUUCCAUUGUGCUUUGAGAAGUCGGCAUGGACGAUCGUGGCCAUGCUCGCCACAAUCAAAGCUGGAGGCGCUUUCGUGCUUCUCGACGCAAAGCAGCCUGAAGCGCGACUUCGAGACAUUGUUUCUCUCACAAAGGCAGAGUUUGUGGUUGCCUCGCCUGCGCAGCAAGAUCUGACAUCGAAACUAUCGCCCGAGGUCCUCCUGGUAUCACACGAUAUCCUUCUUUCUUUUCCCGCCAUCAAACACUCUACUCCUACAAUUGACUCAGAGUCCACUCUAUUCGUCGUCUUUACUUCGGGAAGCACAGGCCUACCCAAAGGGGUAAUGAGCUCCCACCGAAGCUUCGUAUCUGGCGUUCAUUACCGACGGUCCAUACUGGAAUUGCCAUCUCCUCGCGUAUUCGACUUUGCUUCGUACAGCUUCGAUGUCAGUACAGACAUUAUCUUGUCCACGCUGAUUAUUGGUGGAUGUGUGUGCGUACCAUUGGAGUGGGAACGUCACAAUGAUAUUGCCGGUGCCAUCAACCGCCUAGGAGUCAAUUCGGCCGAUCUUACACCUUCUGUGGCGCGUUUGAUUGAUCCAGACCAUGUACCAGGCCUCAAAGUUCUCAAGCUUGGUGGAGAGCUUAGCAGCGUCACCGACAUCGCAAGAUGGGCCCCGAAGACGAAGUUAAUCAAUGUUUACGGACCAUCCGAGUGUUUGCUUGUAGCUAUUAAUAUCUUGAACGUGAACGGCGACCCUCGGACCAUCGGGCGAGGACAUGGGGCCGUUACUUGGAUUGUGGAUCCCAAUGAUCACAACAAACUGGUACCAGUGGGAACAGUGGGGGAGCUUGUGGUCGAAGGUCCCAUUGUCACCAAGGGUUACCUGCAUGACCCCGAGCGGACCGCAUCUGUCUUCAUCGAUGCCCCCGACUGGCUUCGAGGGAGACAGAGUCCGGAAAGACCAUCUUGUCGGCUGUACAAGACUGGUGACCUCGUCCACUAUAACCCGGAUGGAACCCUGAACUUCGUGGGUCGUAAAGACACCCAGGUCAAAGUGCGUGGACAGAGAGUCGAGCUUAGCGAGGUGGAGCACCACAUCCAGCAGCAACUCUAUUCCCGAACGGGGAGACGUAUCAAUCCCAUCGUGGAGCUGAUCACAGUUGGCGCGAAUCAGGGCUCUCGCCCGAUGUUAGUUGGUUUCCUCGCAAUGAGUCAAGUUGAGUCCGUGGAGCCUGAAAACAAAGAGCAGCUGCGGCAGGCCAUGUGGAAUCUAACGAAAGAUCUGAACAAAUCCCUUUUGAAAACUCUCCCACAGUACAUGGUUCCUUCUGUGUAUAUUCCCGUCUGGCGAUUCCCGCUGAAUUCAUCUGGCAAGACUGAUCGAAGGCAGCUCCAGGCAACUGGCUCUGCGCUUUCACGUCAAGAACUAGCUGCUUUACGAGCCCCUGCAGCUGGGAGAGCAGAAACGGCGAUCACAGCAUCGCAAUCGCGAUCUGCUCCGCACACCUUUAUGGAGCAAAGAUUGCAAAGAAUGUGGUCGAAGGCACUGGGUCUUGAUCUCGCCGAAAUCUACCGAGAAAGUCAUUUCUUCCAGCUGGGCGGAGAUUCUCUCAGCGCGAUUCAACUUGCCACGCUGGCUACGAAUGAUGGUCUAGCCCUUACAGUCCAGGAUAUCUUUGAUCAUCCGGUUUUAGCUCGCAUGAGCACAAUCGUCAAGCCACUAUUCGAACAAUCUGUGUCUUUGCCCACCGGUGAACAUACGAAUGGGUCUGCCAGCUAUGUGGAGACAUAUUCAUGA